AUGACUUUUGUAAAUAGAAUUGGUAAUAUCUUAAAGAAAUCUGUAACUUCCAAUCCAUUAUUUCAAACAACAAGGUGGAUGCCAUCCUCAAAAGUUUUUGUUGGAGGACUUUCAUAUGACACAAAUGAUCAAAGUCUGAGAGAAGUAUUUAUUAGUUUCGGUGAAGUGGUUCUUAUCAUGGAUAGGGAAACUGGACGGUCCAAGGGGUUUGGAUUUGUGACAUUUACUUCUAGCGAAGAAGUCUCUACUGCCAUUAGUGGCAUGGAUGGAAAGGAUGUUUAUGGCCGGAUGGUUAGAGUUAAUUAUGCUACUGAUCGAAUGUAUGAAUUUCGUGGUGGUGGUGGUGGUGGUUAUGAUGGAGGUAGCUAUGGUAGUGGUGGCUAUGGUGGCAGGGGUGGUGCUUUUGGAGGUGGUUAUGGUGAUUAUUUUGGUGCUACUCUUACCAAACAGUUUCAGAAGUUCCUUGCAUCUUAG